AUGGGCGGGAGUGCUGACGGCGGUGAGCUGGAGAGGGGCCGGCCCGGCGCCGGGCCUGUGUCGGGCCAGCUGGCCGAGGGCGCACGUCGGGCCGCCUGCUCUCCUGGCCUCCUGACCUGUCCUGGACAGCAGUCUCGCCUGAGCGCGUCGGGGUACCUCCUCUCGCUCCUCCAGGAGCACCCAGCAAGCUGGGUGUGUGGCCAGGCCUGGGCCUCACACAGUGACCACGCGCCUGCUGUCCACAGGCCCCUGUCACCUGGCGGUGCUGGCCCCUGCCUGCACGUCCACACCAGCUCCUCUCUGGACACUUCCCGGAGGUGGGAGAAGAAGAACAAAAUCGUCUACCCGCCGCAGCUGCCCGGAGAACCGCGGAGGCCGGCAGUAAGUCCUGGGGGCUCUCCCCCCCACGCCCUGGCCCCCCACAGGACCUUCCCGAGGCUUGCAGCUGACCCCAUGGGAGGGGGUAAAGACGGCCGCGGGGACCAGCACGCAGGUGCUGCGGGCGGCUCUGGUGAGCGCGUGGACGUGCAGCGUGGUCGCGCCUGGACGUCGUCCGCCCGGCCGGCCCUCCGUUGCCGACCCCGUGACGAGGCCGUGGCUGCCGCUGCCCCGCUGCUGCGGCCGAGGUGGCGGUGUGGCUGUGGGCGAGCAGGGCACGUGCCUGGCCGCCUGGCCGCGGGUGACCGCGGGCACCUCUGUCCACCCCAGAUUCUCCUGGAGGCGCAGGAGAUGGCGGUGAGAGACCACAACGUGGAGUUCAGGUCCAACCUGCACAUAGCCGAGUCCACCUCCGGCCGGGGCCAGUACCUGAAGCGCAUCCGCUACCACGGCCGGGGCCGCUGCGGCGUCAUGGAGAAGGUCCACUGCCAUUACUUCGUGAAGCUGGUGGAGGGCCCCCCGCCGCCGCCCGCGACAGGACUGGGGUGCGGCGGUGAGGAGAUCCCCGGACAGAGUGGGGAGCAGAGCGACCCGGUGAAGAAUCGCACUGCCGAGGGGCGCCGGGCCGAGGGUCUGCUGGGCCGGGCCCUGCGGGUGGCGCCGAGGCGGGCUGGCUGGGCGGUGCCGCAACCGACACCCUGCGCCCGAGGCAUCGGCUGUGCCGGCAUCGGUCCCCACGGAAACUUCCUGCCGGGCAGGCGGCCCCCAGGCACAGUGCAGGCGGCCUGGGAGUGCCAGCCGGGCUUCCCGGGGGCUGACUGGCCGCGCAAGUCGGGGCCUUGGGAACACGAGCCUCAGCUGGAGGACCCCUCCGGGGGCUGGACCCCCGCGCUGCGUGACUUGUCACAGGGCAGCUUGGAUCAGCGGCGCCAGGCUGGGCCUCCGCACCCAGGGCCUGUGGAGGCGCCAGGCUGGGAGAAGAGGGCGGCAGCCGCUGCACCUGCCGCCGUCUGCAGGCACCUGCGAGCUUCCAGCUCAAAGCUCAAGGGGCGUGAGCGAGCAGUCUGGGACGGGGGCUCCCCGGGCGGCCUCAGGGCGGAGUGGGCAGGCCCAGGUGCAGGAAAGCAGAGGGCACCCUCUGGGGACAGCUGCCCUGGCAGUGGGACAGGAGCGACUGGGCCCGCAGCCCGAGGCGCCCCAGCUGCCAAGAGCCAGGUCCAAGUGCAGAGGGUUGUCGGUCAGGAGCAUGGCCCACGCUCUCCCAGGCGGGCACACGCCCACGGACCAGGCCCCAUGGGCCACGGCGGCCACGUGGGCCAUGGCGGCCGCGCGGGCCACGGGAGCGGGCCGUGCACAGCCACGCACGCACACGCAGGGGGCACACACACGCCCGCUUGGAGCACGGGCUCCUUCCUCCACUCGGUGACUUACUCCAGCCUCCGGGCCACUUAG